GCUGCGCUGAGUUUUCUCUCAGUUUUUUUUUAUAUAAACCCACCCCUAUAAUACGCUCGUUAACACAUCUCGUCUUUCGCCUCCGUCUCAUUCCGAGGGACGAUGGGGAACGAAGCCAGCCUUGAAGGAGAAGGACAGCCGGGACAACCGGGAAGCGCUGUACCCGCGGCUGGAGCCCCGGCUUCCAUUUCAGCACCGGCGGGCGGUGGACAGCUCCACAAGCCGAGCAAUGGAGCGCCUGCUGGGGCGAUGGGAUCCGGACACGGGCCGGGAAUGAACAGUAUCCAAGGCAAACCUAAUCAGGCAGACCCUAGCAUGGGCCCCAAACAGGUGGGUCCACCAGGUGCGGGACCUGGACCCAGAGCCCCAACGCAGCCCCAGGGACCCGGUUCUGGCCAAGCUGCCCGAAAGAACCUCCAGGUGGAUGUGGGUAGCAGCAGAGGUGGGCAUUCGCCCGCCGUCUCACCAGUGGGCAGCGCACCCACGUCACCCUACUCUCUGCCUCAGAUUGCACCCAUGCCUAGCAGUAAGCUUUGCCCGGUGUGCAAGAGCGCAGAUCUGACGGGCACCAUGGACGGCCAGCCAAACUGCAAUAUCUGCACCCAGUGUCGCUCUACGGUGUGCAACCAAUGUGGAUUUAACCCUAACCCACACCUCACUGAGGUGCAAGAGUGGUUGUGUCUGAACUGUCAAAUGCAGAGGGCAUUGGGGAUGGACAUGGAGACGCCACGGUCAAAGAGCCAGCAGCAGAUCCACUCUCCGUCCCAGCCUAGCAAACCUCAACCCCAGAUUGGAUCACAACCCACAGUGCCCCCACAGUCCCAACCCCAACCCCAACCCCAACCCCAACACCAACCCCAACCCCAGUCCCAGCCUCACCCAGAAGCAAAGAAGCAUCCUGUCCCCCAAGCUACCCCUCUAAGCAAACCUCCUGCUCCAGGCGCCAUCCCUCUUCCAGGCUUGGCCAAAGCCCCUUCCCAGCCUGACCUCUCUCGUUCAGGCCCCGGAGCACAGCCCCAGGUCCUGCGGCAGGACCAGACCCGCAGUGCCGGAAGCUCCCCAUCCCGUCAACCUCCUCCACCGGAACAACCCUUUGGGAAACUAUUUGGUUUUGGAGCUUCACUCUUGAACCAAGCCAGUAGUUUGAUAUCUGUGGAUCCUGUGCAAACUGCACCCCCUGCCCAACAACCUUCAUCCCCUAAGCCUCCACAGAAACAUCCAGGACCCCCUGGGCCUGGUCCAGCUGGGGGUGCUAAACCUGCAGCCCAGCCUGGUCCACCACGGCAGGAUGCUGCUCCAAAGCCCAAAGUGUUCUGCCCACUGUGUAAGACUGAGCUAAACUUUGGGGAUCCAGCCAAGCCUCCAAAUUACAACCUCUGCACCCAGUGCCACACCCAAGUCUGCAACAUGUGCGGCUUUAACCCUAUGCCUCACCUGACCGAGAAGAAAGAAUGGCUGUGUUUGACAUGCCAGACUCAGAGAGCGGUGUCAGGGAGCUUAGGGGAUAUUCCUCCUUCUGUGCCACCAUCCGUUGGAUCUCCACGACUACCAUGCCCAGCCAAUCAACUGCAGCAGAGAGGGCCCAGUCAGCAAGCUACGCUGAGACCUAUCGGUCCUCAGCAGCAAAAGCCACCUGGUGCCCAAGUAAGUGGUCCUUUCUCUCCAGUAAAACAAGGGGCACCACAGUCCAAGGGCCCCUCGCAACAGUUUUCUGGAACUAAGGCUGAGACACAAAAACAAAAUCAAAGCAUUAACAAGAAACAAGCUAUGUCCAAAACAGAAAAAGAGGGGGACGUCAAAGCAUCAACUAAAAAAGGAACACCGGAUAAAAAAGAUGAGAAGAAAAGUAGUGGCAUGCAGAAAUCUAAACAAGAUGAUGAUUCCAACAAGUCGAGCACGCAGAGCCUGAGUGAUACAGGCUACUCCUCAGAUGGGAUAUCCAGCUCCCAGAGCGAGAUUACUGGAUUGAUCCAAGAGGACUCUAUGAAGCUAAAUGAGAGGGGAAUCUCAGACAAACGCAGCCCUCCAAGUCCAUCUGAGCUAACAAAAUUAGAAAGCUCAAUGCGACCUUUGUUGGAGUCACAUACAGGAGUUGACCACCAUCGUGAUGUAAAGGACACUGCAGAGCAGAAGAGACCUCGAUCUCUCACUAUAUCAAAUGAUCAGGAAUUUGAGUCUGAUGAAGAAGCAUCAGAUGAACUCAGCUGUAAAUUAAGACAUGACUAUGUGGAAGACAGCAGUGAAAGUGGCCUUUCUCCAUUACCAACCAGACAGAAAAAAUCACAGAAAGAUUUAACAGAUGAAGAGUUCAUGAGGAGACAGAUUCUGGAGAUGAGUGCAGAUGAGGAAGAUAUGGCAGAGGUUGAGGGCCACUUAAAGACCAAAAAGAGCCAUAAACACAGUGGAGAUCUUGGAAAAGAGAGACGUCACCUCACACAGCAAUCUAGCAGUUUUGAGGAAGACACUAAAAGCACUGAUAGCUCAUACAAGUCAGGUGAAGCAGAUGACAUGAUGGCCUCACAAGGUGGUCUGAGACGAUUUAAAACUAUAGAGCUGAAUAAUACAAAUAGUUACAAUCGUGACAUGGAACUCAGCACAGACCAUGACCUCAGGGAGCCUGAGCUUGAGAUGGAAAGCCUCACUGGGUCACCAGAAGAAAGAUCAAGGGGGGAAUACUCUUCAACCCUCCCAGCAACCACACCGAGUUAUAAUUCUGGAACUUCUCCCACCUCUGUGUCAUCAAUGGAAGAUGACAGUGAUAGCAGUCCUAGCAGAAGACAAAGGCUUGAGGAGGCAAAGCAGCAAAGGAAAGCAAGGCAUCGAUCGCAUGGCCCACUAUUGCCCACCAUUGAGGACUCCUCAGAGGAAGAUGAAUUGCGAGAAGAGGAAGAACUUCUGCGAGAACAAGAAAAAAUGAGAGACCUGGAGCAGCAAAGGAUUCGCAGCACAGCCAGAAAAACUAAAAGGGACAAAGAGGAACUGAGGGCCCAGAGACGCAGAGAGAGGUCAAAGACGCCUCCUAGUAACCUCUCACCAAUUGAAGAUGCAUCCCCAACUGAGGAGCUCAGACAAGCAGCUGAAAUGGAAGAGCUUCAUAGAUCAUCCUGCUCAGAAUACUCUCCCUCCAUGGAUUCAGAGGCAGAAGGUUUUGAAAUGGGUUCAAAGCUUUACAAGUCUGGCAGUGAAUAUAAUCUACCUACAUUUAUGUCUUUGUACUCACCAACAGAGAAAACCUCUGCUGUCUCACCCUCUGCAGCAGAUAAAUCAUUAAAAAGUGCUGAAGAGGUUUAUGAGGAAAUGAUGCGGAAAGCAGAGUUGAUGCAAAAGCAGCAGCAACAGACACAAGGAAGACAAGGACAACAGGAAAGAGUCCUUAAGUCAGACAGUAAACAAUAUUUAGAUUCUGGAACAACUUCUUUGAGUCCAGGUACAAGUCCUACCCAGGUCUCAGCUCCAGUCACAUUCUCUGGAAAUGACCCUGCAGGAAGAGGGACACAAAGGGUACAUGGUAGUCAUUCACAACAAAGUCAAGUUAGAAUGAGCACCCAAACCUCUAAAGUAGGCCACAGUACUGGUACCCCACAGUCUCAGAUUAGGCAGCCUGCUCCUACACAGUCUCAAGGAAGACCUGGUGUUCAGGGUACAGCACAGGGUCAAGUGCCUGAUCCUGGGGCAUCCUCUUUAACAUCAAAAAUGUUCUCAUAUUUAAAAGGCUCAAGUCCUUCUACAUCCCCUUCUACUUCCCCCUCACAAAGUCCCACUCAUUCUCCUGUACCUACUUCCAUGGUGUCAACCACUCCAACCUCUCAGAUACCUCAUAGAGCUGGAGCACCACGGCUUGCAAGACAGCAGUCCUCCCAAGAUUCCCCUGUUAUGGUGAUUACAUUGGAAUCAGGAACCAGCAGUCAACCCACCAAACCAGUGACUGUGAAUUCCUCCACUUCACCUUUAUCCUCACCAACAAAAGACAGCCAACAGACAAUUUAUCAUACUACAACAAAGUCGCCUAGAUAUCCACAGAAAUAUCCAGCCCACCCAUCACCUCAACAUAGGGCACAAAUAUCAGAGCGAGUUAAUGUGGCUGUGAGCACUGCCACCUCUUCUGGUUCCACAAGCAGCGGAUAUAUUCCUGUGGGAAACAUAUCCUUGUGUAGAAUCUCCACAGUCCCUGGUACCUCAAGAGUUGUGGAGCAAAGCACAAUUUCCCCUGGUAGUAAUAUAGUUGAUCUUAGAACACCAGUGAAGCCUGCCCCAAUCAUCAUGACAGACCAUGGUAUGGACCUAACAUCUCUGGCUUCUGAUACACGAAGGUACUCACUUGAUGGAGAAACACCCCAAGGUUAUCAUACUGCUGUACAACCCCUUAUCAUGAACCUAAAUGCACAGGCGCAACCUCAGGUAAUGACAACUACACCAACAACAGUUAGUGUGACUGUGGCAGCAUCAAUGUUCAUAUCACAGCCAAAGCAACCAGUCGUUUAUGGAGAUCCAUUGCAAAAUAGAGUUGACUUUGGUCAAGGAGUUGGAUCUGCAGUUUGUCUUACCCAGACCAGACCAGUGAUCGCAGAUCCAUCCAUUCCAAAAAUUGAUGCAUGUCUAGAAAAUCUAGGCAUCCAACAGCAACAACUUCAGAAGCAGCAACAGAAGCUUCAGCAUCAACAAGAGCUCCUUGAGCAACAGCUCCAGCAGCACCAGCAAAGUGCUUCUUUUGCUAGGUUUAACUUGGCUAAUCAAGUACAACCAAUAUUGCUGAAAAAGGACUUGGUGGUAAGCCAGAGCACAGGUGGAGGUACGCAAACAGUGGUCAGUUCCAUUCCUAAGAUUUCUCCGCUGCCUCCACCACAGUCAUCAUGCUCUGCAUCUUCCACCCCUACACUUGGUCAUGACAUAUAUGGCGGGGUGGCUUUGGAACUAAAGAAUAAACCUGCUGUAAUGAAUCUCUCCACAGGGACGCCCCAAGUAAUGAUGGUGCAGUUGGAUGAGAAUAACGCUCAAGGAGGAACAGUGACUCAGGUUGUUAAAAGAGAGGAAUCUCCCCCACCAGUAGAGGUCCUAGAUCUUACAGGACAGAUUAAACAAGAAAAUCAGUUAGUUUGUUGUGAUGUUGUAUACAAGUUGCCAUUUGCUGGUAGUUGUUCUGGUCCUUUUGCUCAGAGAAGUAAGACAACACACUCAGAGGCUCAUUUAUCUGCAGAUCCAUCUCAAGCUCCUGGGCAGCAAAGCCAACCUGGAACAAAUGGCUACCAAACAGAAAAUAUACAAGGAGCAGCAGUUGAGCACAAAGCUUUUACCUUGCCUCCUCCAGGACGACUUCCACCAUCAAUGUCAGACAACAAUCUAGCGUGUUCAGGUCUCCAAUAUUACCAGAGGAAUGAUGCUGGUGACCUAGCAGUGGAUUUAAGCACUAUGAAGCAAGCCUAUGAAGCAGGAUAUUUGGGAAUGGGCAACCAGUAUGGAUCUUAUACAGAUCUACGACAUCAAGGAGGUGAUUCAGCUCCACCAUUACCUUUGCGACGAUAUGGUUCGAUGUCCAAUAUCAAUGCAGAUUAUGGUUAUCCUUCUCGUGACCUUGGUGGUUUUCAAGAAUCCAACCUUGCACAGUACAGUGCCACUACAGCCAGAGAGAUUAGCAGAAUGUGUGCUGCUCUUAACUCCAUGGAGCAGUUUGGCAGUCGUUACACCAGUAAUCCUGACCUUCUGCAGUACAGCGCUGAGAGAGGAGGCCCUGCAGCUAGACUUAACCUUCAACAAGGCCUAGCAUCUAUUAGAGCCAACCUAUUGUAUGGUCCUGAUGGCAGACCCACAGUACACAAUCAAACACUAACAAAUCUAAUCAAUGCUAGACAAGCUAGCCUAAGAUCUUUAUAUCCCUCUGCUGUAAGGACAGCUGAUGGAAUGAUAUACUCUACUAUUAACACCCCAAUAGCCUCCACCCUGCCAGUCACCACCCAGCCUGCCCCUGUCCUUAAUCCCAUGUUAAGAGGAGUAUAUGGACCUUACCCUUCAAGCAGUGUAACUGCUGUACCUCUGGCUAGCCUCACCAGGUUGCCUCAAGUCACCCCAAGAAUGCCUCUUACUGCCCAAGGACCUUACAGAUAUCCUCCUCCAAAUAGUUUUCCAGCAACAGUUCCAGACACUUCCUUGGGAAGUGUGCCACCAGCUAGUACCUUCCUGGAUGCUCCAGUUUACCUGGGGAAGCCUGCAACACCUACCAGUGUGUCAACAAAUGCAUCAACAAAAACUGUAGAAGGUACUACAGCACAACUCCAAAUGCAAACACAGUCCCAACCUCAACCACAGUCAUUAGUCAGAGGUCAGGAACAAUCUCAAGCUCAAUGCCAGCCUCAGACACAACCUCAAAUUGUAAAAGUGCCACAAAAACAGGCCCAGGCAAUUAGCAGAGUCUUUCCAGAUAUGGGUGCAAGUACAACUAUUACCACAUCUGCUAAUAUUGAGAAGGAAAAAGAGGAGGAACGAUUGCACUUACAACAGGAGCAACUCUUGCAGCUUGAGCGAGAACGUGUUGAGUUGGAGAAACUGCGUCAGUUACGUCUACAUGAGGAGUUGGAAAGGGACCGCUUAGAGCUCCAGAGGCACAGAGAGAAAGAACAUAUGCUCAUGCAGCGGGAGAUUCAAGAAUUACAGAACAUCAAACAGCAAGUUAUUCAUCAGCAGCAGGCUGAAAGAGAAACCCAGUUGGUGAUGCAAAGAGAGCAGCUUGCACAGCAGAGGAUGCAGCUGGACCAAAUACAGUCCCUUCAACAACAGCUCCAGCAGCAGCUUGAAGAACAGAAGCGGCAGAAAACAGCAGCAAUUGAAGCAGCAGCUAGUGGUAGAAUUAUUCCACAAGAGGGCCAGAGUGUGCAGAUCUUGCCUUGUGCCGAUGGGCAGGUGGUCCAGGCGGUGGUGUCCACAAGGCCUUUGCCCAGCUCUGCCUCAGAAAUGUCUCUCAAGAAUAACGAAGAUAAUGGAGAUGGCCGGAUUAUGAAGAAACAAAACUCAAUGCCCCGUUUGAGAAAUGGGUCAGAGGAUGAGUCAGUCAAGAGAAUUGCAGAUUGCAGUGUCCAAACUGAUGAUGAAGACAUAGAGGACAAACUCGUAUCUCGUCGCCGUAGAACUAGACGUAUAGCUGACUGCAGCGUUCAGACAGAUGAAGAGGACCAGGGUGAGUGGGACAGUCAACCAAUACGUCGCAGACGUUCAAGAUACUCCAAACACUCUGAGUCUAGUGCAGAGAAUAAGAUUGAUGCAUCCAAAGUAUCUAGCAUUGCCAUUCAGACCACCAAUGACUCCUCAUGUCAAACUGAGUCAGACCAGUUGGGCAGAAUAUCUCCAGCCAUACACAUUACCAUGGCUGAAACAUCAAAGGUUGAACUACUUCACUACAUAUCUGCUCCAGAAAGAACCGUCAAGGGAGAGAGUUUGGCCUGUCAAACUGAUCCAGAGGCACAAUCCCAAGGAGUGGUUGCUCCUCAGCUGAGUGUUCCCACUACUGUUAGCCCCUAUUCCACUAGUUUACAAUUAGUUGGUGCCACUACAACAAAGUUUGAAAGAAGAAAGCCAGACCCAUUAGAUAUUGGAUACCAGAAGCAAUCUCAGCAACAGAGUGAAUCUCCAUCCCGUCAGCCACCCAAAUCUCCACAAGUGCUGUACUCUCCAGUGUCUCCAUUGUCCCCCCAUCGUAUGUUGGAGACUUCCUUUGCCUCCAGUGAGAAACUUAACAAGGCACAUGUAACUCCCCAACAAAAAGCAUUCACUGCAGAGUCACCACAGAGACAUCAGACUAUUCCAAGGCCCAUAAAGAGUGUUCAGCGAUCCAUGUCAGAUCCUAAGCCUCUCAGCCCAACAUCAGAGGACCCAGCCAAGACCAAAUUCUCCCUAUAUCAAAACCAAGCCAGCCUAGGAAGCCAGAUGUCUGCCUUGCAGCAGCAGAACGCAAUGAUGAGAAAGGUGAAGAGAACUCUCCCCAGCCCCCCUCCAGAUGAGACACCUGUACCGAUUGUAACUCCAGCAAUGCCCCAUGUAUACAGCUCCCCUGGAGCAUCCCAGAGGGUUUUGCCACGUCCUGCACAGGGUGCCAUGAAGGCAGGAUUGCUGAGUGAACUGAAAGCUGUGGAACAAGAGUCCACCAAGUUACGUAAACAGCAGGCAGAGUUAGAGGAGGAGGAGAAGGAAAUUGAUGCCAAGCUGCGUUGCUUGGAAAUGGGCAUCACCCAGCGCAAGGAAACUAGGGUUAAUGAUAGAAAGAGGCGAGAGUUGGUGUACUUGCGAUACAUGGGGGAUACCCGUGACUACAUGUCAGAUAGUGAGCUGAACAAUUUGCGACUAGCUGGGGUUGCAUCAGGCACCUAUGAAGAAAAUAUGCUGUUGUCACGCCCCGGUACAGCUCCUCUCAAUCAGUUUACAUCUGAUUUGAAUGCAUCUCAGUACCCACCUACUUCAUCAUACAUACCAUAUCAAUAUCCACAGACCCAGCCCACACCUUCACAACCACCCACUGCACCAUACCAGCAGAUUGGGUUUCAGCCAUCACAGUACUCAACCUCUUCACAGCCCCAGCCUGGGACCUUCCAACCUCAUCCUCCUCAACCCUCAGCUUACCAAACCCAGGGGCCAUACCAGACUCAUAGCUAUGGUCAGUCUCCUUAUGAGUCUGACCUUGGUUUGCAGCAGCCAAGUCACCAGGGCUUCCAACAACACACUGCACCUUUACCAGGCCAAACCCUACCUUAUCCUAGCCAGGGCAUGUCCUUUCAGCCCCAAGCUGACAUGCUUUCUGUCCAUCAAAGGCCAAGACAAACCUCGCUUGCUGAUCUUGAACAGAAGCUACCCACAAACUAUGAAGUGAUCAGUAAUCCUUCCAUGCCAAUAGCAACAUCAGCGCAAGAGACUGGAUUUAGUGGGGCGUAUUCCUCACCACUGAACAAUGCUUAUGGUCAGUAUCGCCCCUCUGACCAACCUAUGAAUGAACGAAUCCCAAGUCCAUCAUCAGGGUAUGUAACAGAUGGUGUAUAUGCCACAAAUCUAGAGCAAAAUAUCCCCAGAAAUUAUGUCAUGAUUGAUGAUAUCAGUGAAUUGACAAAAGAAAAUAUGGGGUCCUCUGACAUGACGCGAGUAGGUUAUGGAAGCGAGAAUGGCCAACGUGGACCAACCUAUGGAGAUGGGUCCGAGAAUUUAUAUGGAAGAAAUACAAACACCUAUCAGGGUGCAGUUGACAGCCAUGGACAUCCAAAUGCAGUUGUGAGUGGUGGGUCUGGUUAUUACUAUGAUGACUAUAAGCAUUCUUCACGCAGCAGUGGGGGAAUGAGCAGCCAGAAGCACUCUUCAAAAAAUUUAGCACCUGCUGUUUCGUCCAAGCGUAGCAAGCAUAGGAAGCAGGGCAUGGAGCAAAAAAUCUCCAAGUUCUCUCCAAUUGAAGAAGCUAGAGAUGUAGAGUCUGAUCUAGCCUCCUACACCAUGACAACAUCAACGGGUGGUAGCUGCACAGUUGUAACCAGGACGGGCGUAAAGAAGAGCUAUGAUCAGCAGAAGUACUAUGGGUCAAGAGAAGCAUUGGAAGAGGAUGAUCGUCUAUAUGGUUCUGGAAGAUCAAGGUCCACAGGUUAUGGAAUGGAUAAGAUUUCCUCCAGAGACUCAGGUGGCUACCGAAGUAAGUCUUAUGAGAGGGAUGCCAUGGAGCGUUCACAGAGAGGCACCUAUGGUCGUAGUGGCCGUCCUUCUAUGCGUACGCAGAACUCAGAGGAAGAGAGCCCUCUCAGUCCCGUUGGAAAGCCCAUGGGUAUUGGUCGUGGCUCUGUGCCAGAUCCACAUGAUGGAAGAAAUCAGUAUGGCUCCAGCCAUUCCUUACCAGAUGUUCAGGACCAUCAUAUGAGGGAUAUGCCUAAGAGUCAUGUAUAUAAGCCGGAUGACCCUUAUCUUGCAGAUGACAUGCACUGUGCUGUUUCAGACAGUGAAGCCUAUCAUUUGGGUCAGGAGGAGACAGACUGGUUUGAAAAACCACGUGAAGCUCGGUCAGAUCGCUCAAGACACCAUGGGAGUGGAGGUCAUUCAUCCACUAGUCGGAGGAGCAAUGUUAAGCACACUUACCAUGAUUAUGAUGAGCCCCCUGAGGAAGACCUGUGGCCUCAAGACGAAUAUGGUCAUCAGCGGCAUUCCUCGGCCACUUCAUCUCGAGAACACCGUCACCAUGGAAGCACCUCAGGAAGACAUUCCUCUUCCCGACAUUCCUCAGAUGAUCCCAGGUCAUCACGUUCUUCACGGUCACAUCCAAAAGAUCCUUCCGCUCGUGGUGAGAGCCGCACUAGCUCAUCCACCUCACAGAAAAGAUCCUCAGAUCCACGAUCUGUUGGCCACCGUGACUCAGGAGAAUACUCCCGUGAUCCACCAGGCCACCACCAUGGCUCCAGUGGACAACGGGGGGAGAGGCAACCAGGUCCAUCCAGGAGGCAGGAGCCCUCUUCAGGUUCCAGGCAACAACAUGGUCUAGGAGAGCAGCAGGCACCAUCUCAGCAAGGACAGCAGCAGCGCCAGCAAGUGUCUGUCAAGCCGACACAGCCACCUGAGGGAGGUCAGCAAGGUCAACAACAACUGGGGCAAACAACCCGAACUCAGCUGCCACCACCACAGCAACCUGGACAACAGCAGGCGGUCACGAUGGCAGUGACUCAGCCCACCACCACAGCUACAGGAACAGGAGCAGGUACAACUCAGCAGCAAACUAAGCCAGGUCAGGUUCCAGCACAGGCAAGACAACAGCCAGUAGGACCUCCCACUGCCCAGCCAGCUACUACUAUGGCAAAACCUGACACAGCUGUGUCUGCUCCCGCACCAACUCCUGUAGUUGCUAUUGGGUCAAAAGCCACACCACAGCCUGCAAAACCACCCCAGAUUCCCACCACAGGAAUCGGUUCAAAAGCAGCACCCCGGCCAGGGGGGAUAGGCAGCGCUGCACAACAGCCCGCCGAAGGGGAGAAUGUUCUCACAAAGAUGCUGCAGGGAGGAGCGGCAGAACAAGCUGGAAAAUUAGGAGAUGCUGUAUCUGCUCUUGGAAAGAAAUUUACUUCGUUUUGGUGAUCUGCUGACACUAAGGUGUUAGUUGAGGGUGACUUGGAGGGUUAGAACUGGAAAAACCUACAAAUCUGUUUCUGCCUUUUAUCAUCUUUAGCUGAAGGCGGGGUACACCUGAGGACACUUAUGUUUCACCUGACCUUGACGUAUCAAUGAAAACUUCUAUCUAUCAGAUGACAUCUGCACAACCUACCAACCAUGGAGGCUGAAAAUCUCUCUCAAAAUGAUUCCAUAGUUGCUGAUGAAGCGAUUACAUUUCCCAAAAUGCCAAACUUCCUGUUCUUUUUGAGGUUUUUCCAGACAAUUAUAUCUUCCCUUAAAUAACACUUCUGUGCUCAGGUGUCCCUCCCUAUUCUCUAAGCAGUGUGAAGAGGUAAGAGACAGCCACAGUUCUUAGAUUUUUGCAGUCCUAAUGAAGACGUCUACACCCAGACUCUUGGAGACAGUAGCAGUGAAGGAGAACGACUACCUUACAAAGGCUUCAAAUGAACAAUGCCUCUGUUAUUCUCUUUAAAAAAAAAAAAAUGUAUGCUCGAUUUCUAAGAUCUUGACAUUCCAAUAAGGCGAUGAUUGACCCUCUCUAUGAAUGUUUUCGUUUCUUCCUUAACCUUUUUGUCAUGUGUGUUAAUGAAUGCAAAUGUGUAAACCGUGGACAUGGAAUGCACGUACAAAAAAUAUAUAUGUAUACAUAUAUGAUAUAAAUAUAUAUGAAUCCAUAUCUAGACACCUUUUAUAAGAGUCUCUAAGGGUGAAGCCAUGUGCACCUUGCGUAAAAAGCUGGUACUUUAAUGUAAAGGUAAUAAAUAUUAGUCAAGUCCAGGGGUCAGUAAUAGCAGAAUGUUAGUCGUUUUAUCAACCAGUAAGCCAUUACCACUCUAUUACAGAAUUUCUUUAGUUUCUGGUUAUUUUAUUUUACAUUAUUAUUUUUAUUUAUUAGUUUCAUAUACGUUUUGCCUAAUUUUCUUUUAAAUUAAGAGCCUUACUAAUAUUUUUUACUUGUAUACCUCACAUAUUUUUUUAAAGUUCCAUAUCAUCCUUACUUGAUUUAUUUUGCACAACUGUAUACUGCUGAAUAUGUACAGUACAUAUCCCUCAUUAACACUCUGCUAAUGUAAGACAUUGAUUUGUGUGUUUAUGGAUUUAUAUUUCUGGUAUUUGUUUAAUGUUUGGUAUUAUUAUAAUUAAUAUUAUUUAUACUUCAUUUUUUUCUCAUCAUUAUUGGUAAUCUAAAAUAAUGUAUGCUUUGUUUUGUUUUUUAUAUUUUUUUUGUUGUUUCUUUUUUUAAGCAAUAGCAUGCUAAUCUGUACAGAGAACAAUAAUUUUGUCGUUAAAUGUGAUCCACAGGCAUUCAAAUUCUACUAUCACAGGUCUGUGACGCUUACCUGUGUCUUACGUAAACAGGUAAAAUAAACUCUAAAAACCCCCAAGCAAACUACUCUAUCACCAUCUCCCACAUACCUACAGAUACAUAUUCCCAAAACCACAUUUACCAGUACGCAGAUACACCUAGGAAGAGGGUUUGAACUACUUUUAGAUGUUCUAUGCAAUAAUCCAUGUAAAACCAUUCUGCAACAUCCCUUUCAGAUGUGUACUUUCGAUUCAGUUACGAAUAGGGACAUGUUUGUAUUUAUCUUGUGUGUAUGAAACUAUCAAAAUACUAGAUUGUUUUCAUUUUAUUUAAGUGGCAUGUUUAUGAAAGCCCUCGUCAUCCCUAAUUUUCAGGGAAUCUGUUGCCAAAGGGUUUACUGUGUGGACUGUUGGUCUUGGGACAUCCACCAUCUCUGUUGCUUGCGGCAUGAAUUUGCUCAGCUCUCUUUGGCUCGUUAUAGUACUGUCAUUCUUGUCUGCAGUGUGAUCGGGUGUUCAGCUGGGCACACAGCUUAUGCACUCGUUAUUCCGUCUCCUAACACAGGAAAUGCUGUUUAGACCCGUAUUCGGUUCAGGAAUUCAUGUGAUCUGUUAUUGCGUCCACGCUGAAAUCAGAGUUCACAUGGUUGUGUUCACAUUUUCAUAUUCAACUAGUCUUUGUGCAUUGGGUAUCUUGUCAUUGAAAGGUUCGCCAAUGAUCUGUGACCUUGACAAAGAAAACAGACAUUUAAUGGGAAAUAAUGAGAAUUAUUAUAAUAGUAGAAAACAGAGCUGUGCUGGUGAGAUCUUAAAAACACGGCUAAAUCUGAACAUGAAUAUUUCCUAAAGUAAGUCUUCUAUGUCACUGCACUGCAAAACAAUUCGAAAUAAUUAUUUUAGUCUUGUUUUUUAGUAAAAAUAUCUAAACAUCCUUAAAACAAGAUACAUUUAAUAGAGAAGCAAAAUUAUGGAUGAUAAUAAGACUUGUUUUCAGAGAAUAUACAGUAUCUUGAAAUAAGUAUGUUUUUCAUGGAAAUUCCGUAAUAAAAGUUUGUACUACCUGAGCAAUUUAGGCUUGAAGUUCAUGUAACUUCAUGUUUUACGAGCCGCGUCAGCAGUGGGCAGUCAGCGCCUCAACAAACCUCAAACCAAAGUUUAAAAUAGCUGUAGACCAUUAUAUCAGUUUUACCAUUAAUCUGUUUCGGUAGUUGAUUUUUGGAACUAACAGUUAACGGCAAAAAUCUAUGCCGAUAGUUCCUCUGAAAAUUGCGUUUUUUAAAUUGAAGCGAGAGCAUGCAAAUAACAAUGUGACUAUAUAGAUACAUCCCUCACCAGCACAAACAUUCUGUCUCCAACUUCAUAUUGUUAAUAACAAUAACAUAUAGGCUGUAAAAAGCUUAAUUUGGUAAAUAUUAAAUAUAGAGCAUUGGAAUGGAGCCAAGUCUACAUAAUUUUAAAAUAAGAGUCCCCAUAGUGUUUUAGGCUUGUUUAGUGUUAAAUGUCCCAUGUUAUGCACCCAAUCUUCUUUUCUGAUUAUUAUUGGGAUUUUGGUUGAAACAUUUAAUAAUCUGGGAUUUUAUUCAUUUUAGACUCUGGCCUCCAUGUCUGUGCUGACUAAGAAAAUGUUUUAACAUUCUAUUAAUUGAUUUUAAAAACUAUCGGCAUAAUAAUCGGUUAUCUGACUUUUCAACCACCUAAGUUAUCGGUAUCUACAAAAUCCACUAUCGAUCAACCUUUAGUUUAAACUACUUUUAACUGGACACAAUGUCCUAAAAAUGUGCCGUUUAAAGGCAUCAUCUGACGCAUUUGUACAUAGACCGACCACCAUAGGCGGAAAUCGCGGGGGGGGUCAGGACCCCCCCAUCUGAGGGUUGUCCCCCCCCUAAAAUAUCAUUAAAAUAUGUGUAUUGUAAAUAAUAUAAUGAUAUAUUCUUAAAAUAAUGUUUAUUGUCCCCCCCAACAUGUUGAUGAAAUUUUCGCCCCUGCCGACCACGUAAUUAAAAAUAGCGCAGACGGAACGCAAGAGCGCGUUUUGUGAGAACAGGACAGAUUGAUGAACUCAAAAUGGAUUGAUGUCAAUUGUAGGUUGUUGUUCAAUGAUAUGGGAAUAAAACUAAAAAUGUUUUGAUUUCAAAAGCUACUUUUUUGUCUAAUCAAUGCUUUACUUGUCUGCCACAAUAAUGCAAUACAUUUUAGUCUGAAUUAUUAUAUUUAUUUAUAAGCCUAUAUAUAAUAUUUAUAAUUAUCUAAAUUAUUAUAUAUUUUUUAUAUUAAAUUCUUUAUUUGGGGGACCUUUCUCAGCAGAUAUUGAUAUAUGCGAUUAAUUGCAAUUAAUGUGAUUAAUUAAUCGGAAUGACAUGUAAAUAGCUAUUUUAGACAUUUUAAUCCAUUGACAGCCCUAAAAUUAGCCUGGGUUUAGCAUAAACCUCACUGAAUUGUGUUGGAUUUAUGCUCAAAACAAGAUAAAACACUUAUUUCAAGAUAUAGUCUCUGAAAACAAGUAUUCAUUUAUAAUACAAUUUUGCUUCUUGUUUGAGAUAUUUUUAUUUGAAAACAAGACAAAGAAAUCAGAAAGAAACCAGUGUUUUGGAAAAUAUUCAAGUAAACUAGCCAUAAACGGCUAGAGAUAAUGUAGCAUGAAUUUCACCUCAAUGCCAUUCACAUGAAAAUCAGGGCAUGCACGUUGAAAGCACAAAUUGUUCAUCACCAUUUCCGUUUGGUGGGACCUCUCUCUUUUGAAUGCAUUUGGGUAGGUGCAUUGGGUAGAGGCGAAUAUUUUCCUUUUUUAUACUGAAAUGCUGAUUAGGCAAUCAGAACUCUAUACUGAAGAAUGAUAAAUCUUCUUACAUCACUGUAACCAUGGAGAUAUACAAUAACAAGUGCAUGAGCCAAAGUUGCCACCACAACAGCUGGCCACAGUGAUAGAUAAAAUACACAAACACAGACAUAUCCACACAAACAGGCAUGUGCACGCACAAACACAGUUACAGACACACAUACACAGACUAACUGUCGCUGUAAAUACUGACUUUGGUUAUUUUGUACAGUGUUUAAAUAUUAUGAGUGAAAUAAUGGCCGUCUUGUGCAAUUUCACGCCGGCCUUGCUGCCAACCUUUUGUGCUUUUGUGUAUAAAAGAAUAAUGAUGAUUAUUGUUAUUAUUAUGAAAAAAAAAAAAUCAUUGUAUAUGUUGCUGGCUCUCAAUGACUGUUGACUACAGU